ACACAGGUAAAGGAAGAAUUAACAAGGCUUCUGUACUUUAUGCAGACAAUGUUGUCAGGGCAAGGUUUACAGGCAUUGGUUAACUUUACAUUUGCAUUUACAGUGACGAGUACCGUGCGUACUGAGCCUACUGCGACACUCUCCAGGCCAGCCGACGAUUCCUGUGGGACUUCUUCUGCCUUUGCAUCGACAUCAGAAAAACUGCCAUUGCCAGUUCCACCUCAGCUGCUAGCAUUGGCUUCAUCCCUUCCGCCAACGGCCUGGACAGAACGACAGGAGCAGGGUCACAGCAAGUCUGCAGUCAGACAGCCACCUCCAUCAGCGACGAGGCAAACUGCCACACCUCCCUGUGUUGGUUCCGUAUCACAGAGUGUGAGCUCGUCAGAGCCGAGCCGGAAACUGCUGUGGCUGAAGCUCUGGCACAACCUACCACAGCCCUGCAACAGCCCAAACCCCUCACCCACCCUCCUGCACACUCAGCACCAGUCUACAGCUAUGACCAGGAUGUGCGCAGUUGGAGCUGCUCUCUCCAGCAGCGCAUUUGGAUGAAGACUGAGUUGGAAGCUUUGGGGCUAUGGCCGGGGUCCCGACCGGUGCGGCACUCUCUCAGCAUGGUGUCCCUGUGGCGUUACCCUCCUCAGCCUGAGCUCAUUGAGACCAGCACCAAGCUUCCCUCGCCGAAGCACUUCCAGCUCCACCCAUUUUUCAUUUGGAAGCCAGAGCAUGCCAUCAUGGAGAGAGUCAGGAACAAUUACAUCCUGCCAUGUCUUUAUGGCUGUGCCUCUCCGCAGGUUCAGUCUUCAGGUGUAGGAAGGCCUCGGGUGAUUGUUGGCACCAGUGGCCAGUACUACAUCUUUGCCUCCCGACUGACCUGCAAAGUUUGUAGGCGCUAUUGGUUUGCUGACAAACCCCAGUGGCUGGAAAAAAUUCCAAGGAGGUUCACCAACAUCCUCCCAGCCUUCCUCACACACAAAAAGGCCAUUUGCAAAACUGUUAUGGACGAGCUGAGAAGAACCGGCAAGUCCCCAAACGACAUGGCCAACCAGGUGACAGAGAUGCUCCACCUAAAAUAUGAGCGUGCCAACCUGGCCUAUCUCCUGGCAGUGCAGAAUAUCCGGGAUGGAGAAGCAGGGCUAUAUGGGCAGACAACAAUCACUGGCUAUCUCCAGGAAGAGGAAUCUCCAGGACCAUUUGGGCAGUAUGAAGAUGCAGAUGGCUGGUUUGGAGUCUCUCUGUCUCCACACUACCUGACUGACUGCCUCCUACAGGAGUUUCAGCGGCAGGAAGCAGCAAUCACCCAGCUCCUCCAGGGAACAUUUGGACAGGUCUUUAGAUCAGACCACACACGCCGAGUGGCUAGGAAGGUCACCAUCUCAUCUGGCACUAUGUCCUCCUAUGCCAUCAUGAAUGAGAACUGGAUGAUCCUGUCCUGGGUGAUGCUGCAGUCAGAGUGUGACAAGUCACUGGAGCCCAUGUAUGACGGUCUCGCCAACCGCUACAGCACUGCAGGGGUAGAGAAGGCAAAGUUCCAGUGGGUGGACAGAGACUGUUGUGCUGCCUUUCGAGUCCCGGACCUGCAGCCCUUCGAGGACCUUCAGUGGGCUUCCUGGCAGACAACUGAUGCUAUAGUGGCAGAGGCCACCUCUGGGAACCUGCAUAAUACAUGCGCGUCACGGAGCAAGUUCAACCAAGACAUUGUGGUCAAGCUGGACUUGUUUCACUGCAUGCGCAGGUUCACCAGGGAGUGUGUUUCUGAGCACCAUCCACUACAUAGCACAUUCUGCAAGUUCCUGUCUGCAGCAUUUACAGUUGUGGACCAGGGAGACCUGCAGAGGCUGAAAGAGGCCUACACCUUCUGUGGGAUUGUGCCUGCUGAACCCACCAAGCAGCACAUCAGGGAGCACUGCAGGGUGAAGGUGCCGCGUGCGAGAGAGCUGCUGCAGAGAGUGGAGGACGUCCUUCGCCAUUUCCAUCUGGCCAAGGACCCUGAUGGCACCCGGCUGUACAAGCCCUCCAUGCUCAAGGUUUGGAGGAUCCAGCGAGUCCACAUUUUGAGGGGGUGCCUCAGUGACCCAGAAGUGGAGGAUGGGGUCCUGUACAGGUACGGGGGCACUCUGCAGCUCAACCAUGUGCAGGGGGAAGGAGCCGCUGUGCCAGUGUGGAUCCCUGUCAGGGGCACUUCCCAGCAGGAGGGCUUCCACUUUCACCAGGCCCGCUGGGUGACUGGUAAUCUGGUCUCCAACGAGCUGUUCCAGGCUCAGGGCUUGACUGGAGUGGCGAGGUGGAAUUUCCAGCGGCUGGUGGACUUGAAGCAGCCUGGAGUGGUGCUGCCAGCAGUGUUUGACCCGGUUUUAAUUUGCGAGUUGAAUAAAACAUCCGAGAAGGUGAUGGGGCAUGUGAAAUAUCCAGCCCUCCACAUCUCUGCCAGGGACACAGGAGAGAGGUUUGGGCUGCAGUACCUGGAGCCAGGCUGCCGUCCAGUUCCUUUGGACUGGCAAAAACACAAGGUCCUGAAGACUGCCCUUCCUCCUCCUGUGGAAACACAGCUGCCUUCCAUCACCCAGCCAUUGUCUGCGGCACCCCCUGUGGUGCUUCAUUUCCCACCUGCUCCCCCCACCUUUGAAGAUGUCAGGGACACAGACGCCUCACAGCAGAGCUUUGACAGUGGUGAGCUGUCCUUUCAGUCGGUCCAAUCACCGACAGGACGGACCCUGCCGUCACCACAGUCCACAACAUACAAAGAAGAGAGCCACUUAAUGGGCCCAGGUCUGCAGAGCACUCCUCCCCUGCCACAAGCUGCCUCCCCCGGAGCUGCACGCACAGGACCAGUGAAGGCUGGAGGGCUGCUGUUUGUCUUGGACCACAACAGGUGGCCAGCACCCAUGAGAGCAGCCAUUGAUGGACUGCUGGCCCAGCAUAAGGGAGAGAAGGACUUCCUGAAGCGGGUGGACAGAGACUAUGCUGCUCUGGUGCAGAGUACAUGCUCUGACCCCAACAGUCUCCUGCACCCCACCACAUGGCAGCAUAUUUCACGCUAUGUGAAACAUGCAGCAAAACAAAUUAACACCAACACUUCACUGAACACCAGCCCAGAGAAACUGCAGGAGACCCAGCAGCUGUGGCAGCAUCUGACUGCAGGGAGUCAGACGGUCACCGUGCCAGUGGUCACCCUGCCUCCAGCCGUGAUCAAUCCCCCUGCUCCCAUCACAUCCCAACCAAGUCACACCCAGGGAGCCCCUGUGACCGAUGUCACAGUCCAGACACAGGUUAAAGAGCUCCUCGAGAGGCAACAGGCGGCAGUUCAACAACAAAAAAGAACAAGGAACUGCCUUGCCUGUGGCCAACCAAAAUCUCGGUACCUGGGUGAUGGCUCCACAAUCCACUUUUUUUAUCAGACUGGGGAGGUUAAAUACUUCUACUGCUCCACGAAAGUCUACCAGACUUAUGCAGGAGAAGGACUCACCAACCCCAGGAUGCCAUUUUUCGAGUUUGCAGACACACCUUUUUUUCAGAGGGAGCUGGAGGCCUCAAAGCAGAGAGGAGCCCAGAGGAAGCAGGUUCUGGAGCAGAGGGGGAAGAGAAAGUCUGUGGAGGUGCAGCCAGCAGGCCCCCUCUGCAGGUUCUGCCACCUCCCCAUGAAACAGGGCCCCAAUAGCCCUCAUGUUCAUGCCUACUUCCCUGGGUUAGCAGGGAAGUAUGUAUAUUGUCCAACCAAGGUACUGUCUUUGUACCAAGGACAGGGCAUGGACAGGGAGUUAAGCUGGCAGGAGUUUCAGCGUACUCCAUUUUAUGAGGCUGAGAGAAACAGGUGGAGAGAUGAAAAGGGAAAGUGAAAAUAUUGACUUUCUUUCCCAUUCCUGUCCAUAUCAGCCCUGUAUAUAGUCAUUCAUGUAUAAAGUUAUUAACUUACACUUUUGUUGUGUUUAUAUGUUUGUAAAAAGUGUAUUAUAUACAUAAUGUUGUAUUCUUUUUUGAGCACUUAUAAUGCGUGUGUCUGUGUGUGUAAAUUUGUAAAAACCCGUUGCAAAUAUUGUUCUUGUUCUUAAAGUUGCCAUAAAAAUAUUUUAUCCAACAUC